GUACUCGUACUUUAAUUGGUUGCCAGGCCAAUGCACUGUGGAACUCUAGCAUUAUGGCCAUUGAUUCCGCUGAUUUGGUGAAAAAUCCUUGCCAGGAUGUCCAACUAGCUGGUUUUAUUUGUGUGAACUGCCAGACUUUGGGUUUCUGCAGCUAUGUGAAUGGCAAGUGGCAAACUGUGGAAAUGUCCAGCUGCCAAACGGAUCGUGGUUUCUAUUGCAGCGAUGAGGAAACCUUUGGUUGCACCUGGCAGCCACGUUGCAAGGUUCCGGUGCGUGGCAAGUUCUAUUGCCAAGGUGCUGGCAUUUAUCCCGAUCCGUACGAUUGUCGCAGCUAUCACGAGUGCAGUGCUCAGAAUCUGGACACUCCACAUCAGUGCACCAAUGGAGCUGCCUAUUCCCUGACCACCAACAGCUGCACUUUGCCCAAGGACAGUCCACAGUGCCUGGAGAAGCAGUAUACCUGCGAUAAGCUGGGACAGACAGGUGCCUGGAGUGCCAACAGCAGUUACUACUAUGUCUGCCAGAGUGAAAAACAGGGAGAUCUGACUGUCUUCUAUCCCCUCAUGAUGAGGUGCAAUCCUGGCUACGUUUUCAAUAAUCACAGCUGUGUCUCUGCCAGCAAGAUCAGAGACAGAGCUGUGAAGAUCAAGCCAAAAGAGCAAGUCUGUCAGAAUGGUACACGUUAUCCCACUGAGAAUCCCAAUGCCUAUUUCACCUGCCGUGAGAGUAAGCUGGUCUUCCAAGCUUGUCCUCUAGGCUACUACUUUGAUGUCGCCGAGAAGUCGUGUCUUAAGAAUACGCAGAUCUGCCAGGAGGGAGAAUAUUAUCCGGCCAUAAACAAAUAUGGCUUCAAUUACUGCAUGCAGGGAAAACUCGUCUAUCAGAGAUGUCCCAUUAAAUAUUACUUUGACUCCAAAUUCAAUGCCUGUCGCAUGCUGGAGGAAACCUGCAAGAACUUUACAACUUCUCCGGCGGAGACUUCCCAUGGUUUCUACAUGUGCAUCAAGGGAAAACUGAUCUACGAUACGUGUCCUGCCAAUGCCAUCUACUAUGAUGAAAAUCUUGAUGUUUGCAUCACGAAUGAAUUUAUUUAAUCGAAAAUUAUUGGUGUAGAAAUGGAAGAACUUUUAUUGUUGUAUCUUAUAAGAUAAGUUUCUCUUUCUUUGCUAUUGAUUAGUGGAAAGCGAGGAAAGAACUAUCAAAGACUCUCCGUUUUUUUUCACUUUAAUACCUGAGGAAAUAAUCAGAGUACUUCCAUAGCUACCAUUUUAUCUUUCAUUUUAUAAAUAUAUUUUAAUUAUUUCGCAGCAGUA